CAUCUGCUGUAUGUCCUCUCGCACCGGCCGUACGCCUGCCAUAAGUGUGUCAAACAGUUUGUCCGCAAAGCAGUUGACGCGACACAAGAGGUGUUACCGCAGAAGUUAGUGAAGGGUUCGUCACAUCCGACGCUUUGGCCGCACAUAAAGACUAUAUUGUAUUGA